CAAAAGAUGACAAAGUACAGAACUCUAAAACAGCCUCCCUCUUCUCUACUCUUCUUCCAAGUACUGAAAGCCUGAAAUCAUGAGAUUCCUUUCAUGGGUGGCUAUUGGAGUAGUUGUUGCAGUUUCCAUUCAACUAUCUUCAUCAACUGAGAACCAAGAAACUCUUUCCUCAGAGGCUGUGAAAAUCAGUGAGUUGCCUGGCCAACCAAAGGUUAACUUCCAGCAGUUCUCAGGAUAUAUCACCGUGGAUGAAAAGCAAGAGAGAGCUCUGUUCUACUACCUCGUUGAGGCAGAGAUAGAACCAUCUUCAAAGCCUCUUGUUCUUUGGUUAAAUGGAGGGCCGGGUUGUUCAUCUAUUGGAGCAGGGGCAUUCUCUGAGCAUGGACCCUUUAGACCAAAUGGAUACUUAUUAGUCAGAAAUGAGUAUAGCUGGAACAAAGAAGCAAACAUGUUAUACUUAGAGACACCAGCAGGGGUAGGUUUCUCUUAUUCUAGUAAUGCCUCCUACUAUAAAGUUGUGGAUGACGAAAUGACUGCCAGAGACAAUCUGGUGUUCCUGCAACACUGGUAUGCCAAGUUUCCGGAAUACAGGAACAGAGAUUUAUUCAUCACUGGAGAAAGCUAUGCUGGUCAUUAUGUCCCACAACUUGCAUUGCUCAUUGUUCAGUUCAACAUGGAGAAGCAAUUCAAUCUGAAAGGCAUAGCUCUGGGGAAUCCUCUUUUGGAAUUCACAACUGACUUCAACUCUAGGGCUAUGUUUUCCUGGUCACAUGGUUUGAUAUCAGAUUCAACAUAUGUAGCAUUCACUUCAGUUUGUAACUUCUCUCGCUACGAGAGUGAAUCUUUCAGAUUCUCUCUUUCUCCUGUCUGUGUGGAAGUAAUGACUCAGGUCAGUAGAGAAGUUAGUAGAUAUGUUGAUGAGUAUGAUGUCACACUUGAUGUCUGUCCCUCAUCCCUUCAAGCACAAUCAAAGUUUCUCACUAGCCUGCAAUAUGAAGAUAAAAUAGAUAUCUGUGUCCGAGAUGAAACAUAUAUUUAUUUAAACCGGAGAGAUGUACAGAAGGCUCUCCACGCUCGUCUUGUGGGUGUCUCCAAUUGGAGUGUAUGCAGUGAAGUUAUCCACUAUAAGUUGUUGAACUUAGAGGAAACAAUGAUUCCAAUCCUGGGCUCGCUUAUCAAAUCUGGGAUCAGGGUCAUGGUUUAUAGCGGAGAUCAAGAUUCAGUUAUACCAUUGACUGGGAGUCGGACAUUGGUUCAUGGAUUAGCAAAAGAAUUGGGACUGAACACAACUGUGACUUACAGAGUUUGGUUCGCACAGAAGAAGGUUGGCGGAUGGACACAACUGUAUGGUGAUAUCCUAUCCUUUGCCACAAUUAGAGGAGCUUCUCACACAGCUCCAUUUUCACAACCAGAGAGAGCACUUGUGUUGUUCAAUGCAUUUUUAGAAGGCAAGCCACUGCCAACUGCACUGUAAUAUACUGAAGAAAUCCAUAUGGGAGUAGUGAAUACUUCAGUGACAAUGCACUGUAAUAAAUAUACAGUUAGAAAUUAAUGUAA